ACAAAAUUCUCUCUUCCAGCGUACCUUCCACGCGCUUUUGAGGCCUACAUCGCAUGUGGGGUUUCAUGUAAAUUUUCCUGCCCAUUUUUGUUUUGUUUUCCAGAGUCUUUUUAGGACUAGUAGUGUUUUUUAUUUGGGUUUAGACAAAAACAAAUGGCUAGGAUGUUGAGGAGCUGUAUUCAAUCGAUACUGAAGCUGGUAAAUUCUUUCUUGGCGAUGGUUGGGAUGGCCCUGAUUUUGUAUGCUGUAUGGAUGAUUAGGAUUUGGCAGAAGCAAAUGGGCGAGUUGCCCUUUGGGGGGUCUGAUCAUCCAGCUCCAUGGUUCAUUGACACUUUCCUUGGCCUUGGGAUCACUUUAUGUGUGAUCACAUGCACGGGACACAUUGCUGCAGAAACUGCAAAUGGUUGUUGCCUUUAUAUGUAUUUGCUGUUUGUCUUCUUGGUCGUCAUGCUUGAGGCUGGGGUGGCUGCUGAUGUAUUUCUCAACCGUAACUGGGAGGAGGACUUUCCAGAUGAUCCUACUGGGAAUCUUGCUCAGUUCAAAGAUUUUAUCAGAUCAAACUUUGGCAUCUGCAAGUGGAUAGGCUUGACCAUUGUAUCCAUCCAGGGAUUCUCAUUAUUAUUGGCAAUUUCUCUCAAAGCUCUUGGUCCACAUCGAUAUUUUGACAGUGAUGAUGAUUAUGCUCCUGAGGAGCAGAGCUCCUCAGGAAUGCCGUUCAGCCACCUCCUUAUGUUGCUGGUGACCCUGUUUAUGGAUCAAAAAAUGGUACCUGGAGUAUAAGGAUCAAUGACAAGACAAACAGGUAACUGCGUUCAAAUCAGGAAGCUGACUUGUGGAUGGAUAGGAAGUACCGAGGCACAAAAACGGCUCGUUAUCUAAUGUUCCUUAGUCCAGUUGAGUGACGAAGGUUGAGAAUGGAAAUCUUCCAAAUGUACUUCCAAAGGAGUUGGUGGGAAAAACAUCAGAUAUUGCAAUAAUCUCCAAUGUUUAGAGCUAAAAUCUGAAAUUUUGGGCUAUGCAUGUUUUAUUCACAGAUUCUGAAGGUUCAUCUCUUCCCACAAAAUCUGUUUGUUUUACCGGUUAGAUAUCGUAGUUUGAGUGCGAUUGAGAUGAGCAGUUUUGAGUAUUAAGUCUCCUUCUGCCUUUCCAUCACCAUGUUGUAACGAAUUGUUUCUGGUCUUACACUGUUCUAACAAGUAAUUUACCAAAUAGGAUUUGCAUUGUUUU